AUGUUAAUACGAUUAAUAAUCUCUUUAAUUUUAUUUUAUUCAUUUACUCAAUCAUUUAUUUUUGCACUUCAUUUACAUGAUCAUUAUUCUACAAAAGAAUUUUUUCGUUUAUUAACUAAAUUUGGUAUACAAAAAACUGAUCAACAUCGUCCAGAUGAUACAUUUGGUUAUAUAUAUGGUAAUAUAACACUUGAUUGUCCUAAAAAUAAUUGUUCGUCAUUAACAAAAACAAUUUUAUUUCUUAUACUUGAUUAUGAUUAUUUUUUACCAUUAUAUAAAAAACAACGUUUACAAUCAUGUUCUGAUAUGAUGAAACAAAUUCAAACAAUUGCAUUUCAUAGACAAUGUAAUGAACAAGGUACAGAAGAUUUUUGGCGUCAUAUACCAUGUCAACAAGAUCAUUUAUGUUCUGAUGAAGAUCAACCAACAAAUGUUAUACAUAAUCAACAAUUUACAUUUAAAAUACGUGAUAUUAAUCAACCAAGAUUUUGGUAUUUAAGUUUAAUAUCAUGUUAUUGGGAUCCAAUAACAUGUCAUUGGGAAAAAGUUGAUGAUAAUUUUCAAAUAAAUUAUGAUAUAUGGAUUGUAAAUGGUAAUCCCGAAGCAAAAAUUCGUGAUAAUCGUUUUGAAUAUCAUUUUUCAUUUGAUAUAUAUGAUCUUGUGGAAGUAUAUACUGUUUGUAUAUUAUUUUAUUUAUUUAUUCCAUUACCUUUUCUUAUAAUUAAAAUACGUUCAUUGAUAAAUAUAACACAUCCAAUAUUAAUAUCAUAUUUUUUAUUUCAAUUAUUAUUCUUUAUUGGUAAUACUUUAAAUUUAAUACAUUAUUUAAUAUUUGCAUAUAAUGGUAUUGGAAUUAAUAUAUUAAUACAUAUUGGAAAUUUAAUUACAAUUAUUGGUGAAUCAAUUCUUAUUCUUUUACUUCUAUUUAUUGCUAAAGGUUGGUUGGUAAAUACACCGGUACUUCGCCAAGGAAAAAAGACGGUUAUGUUAUUUGUUCUCUAUACAAUAGCUUGUUGUUCUUGUUAUAUAUUAAGUAUAAUAACAAUAAAUCCAGUAACGGAUUCUAAUCAUUAUCAAACAUUUGCAAAUUAUUUUUCUUUAUUAUUUCGUUGUUUUCUUAUGCUUUUAUUUGUAUUUGAAUUAAAAGAAACAACACAAGAAGAAAAACAUUUAGAAAAAUUACAAUUUUUUCAUCAUUUUGGUGCAAGUUGUAUGGUUUGGUUUAUUUAUCCAACAGCAUUAAUAUUUAUAAUGUCAUUUGUUACAGAAUUAUAUCGAGUUAAAUUAAUUAUAAGUGUUGUUACAUUAGUUAAUUUUUUAAGUAUAUUAAUUAUUUCCUAUAUACUUUUUUCUCCUAAAACAUUUAUUAAUUUACCUAAAUUACCAUCAAUUAAACAUGCCGGUGAUAUAUUAAAUAAAACAACUAAUACAAAUGGUUAUCAUAAAUCAAUUCUAACAGAGCAUGAUGAUGAUGAAGAAGAUAUUGAAAUAUUUGGACCAUCACAUCUUUUAUUAAAUAAUUCGAAUCAACAGAGUUGA